AUGGCAGACCACACUGAUUCCUCAUCGCCUUUGAAAAGGCAUCGAUUGCUGGCCCCCUCGGCGGCCGUCCUCGUGAGUCCACUCUGCCUCGGUAGCAUGAAUUUUGGAGAUGCAUGGAAGUCGAAACUGGGUGAAUGUGACAAGGGGACUACUUUUGAGAUUCUCGAUACAUUUUACGAGUUGGGUGGUAAUUUUGUCGACACGUCAAAUAACUACCAGGCCGAGGAAAGUGAGACUUGGAUCGGCGAGUGGCUCUCGCGGCAUCCAAACCGUCGUGAUGAAAUGGUGAUCGCCACCAAGUACGCGGAGGACUGGAAAACCUACUCCGGACCUCACCUCGUUCAAUCCAACUAUGGAGGCAACUCUGCCAAAUCCCUACAUGUUUCUGUGGCGGCUUCCCUCAAAAAACUUCAAACGACCUACAUUGAUUUGCUGUACGUCCACUUUUGGGAUUAUACCGCCACGGUGGAGGAAGUCAUGACCAGUCUCAACGUACUCGUCAACCAGGGAAAAGUUCUCUAUCUGGGAAUCUGCAACACCCCCGCGUGGGUCGUCGUGAAAUGUAACGAGUUUGCGAGACGACACGGAUUGCGACCGUUCAGCGUCUAUCAGGGAAGGUGGAGUGCCGCGGAAAGGGAUCUCGAACGAGAUGUCAUACCAAUGUGCAAUGCCGAGGGCAUGGCUAUAGCACCGUGGGGAGCACUUGGUGGUGGCUACUUCAAACCAAGUCAGAAAAUUACGAAUCCUUCGGAAGGAGAAGAAGAUGGUGGACGAACUCUUACUUCGCUGACGGUCGGGACCGAAGCUCAAGUCUCUGUGGUUCUGGAAAAGAUUGCCCAGGACAGAAGUCAACCUAUGACUUCUAUAGCACUUGCAUAUAUCAUGCAGAAAACGCCAUACGUCUUUCCGAUUGUGGGUGGACGUAAAGUCAGUCACCUUAGGUCCAACGUCGAGGCCAUGAAAAUCACAUUGACGGAUGUCGAAAUACACAAGAUCGACGCGGCAUACAAUUUCCAACCAGGAUUCCCACAUAAUGUGAUUUCGGGAAACAGGCUUCCCAAGGGACCGGAGGAUAUUUCGUUGACUCAAAUACGUGGUUCAUUCGACUUUGUAGAGGGUCAAAGACCAAUAGUACCAAACAAGGGGAACUCAAUUCUGGAAAGCGGUGGUGAUCUAGAAGACAAGACUCUGGCUUAA